CACAAAUUUGCAGUGAUUUAUGUUUCCAGAAUUACGCUUUCAAGUGCAUCAAAAUGUUCAUCAUUUCAAUUUUAACAAGAAAUGUAUGACUCUUCUUUAAUUCUUGUCUGGUUUUACAGCAAAGAAGAAAUCCCAGAAGCAUCAAACACACACAUAAAAAUGGAUUGCUCUAUCUGCCCCGUUUGUGAAAAUCUGAUAUCAAUUCAUGAAAUUGAAAGGCAUGUGAACAACCAUUUGGAGGAUGAUGAAGUUAUGAAAGAUAUGAGAUUGGCUCAGCAAAUUGCACUUGCCCCACCAAGCCCACCUCAAAUUGACAGAAGCUGUUGCUUUGAUUGGGAUUGCGACUCAGAAUUUGGAGGUUUUCCAGAAAGUAGUAUGUCCCGGGAUAAAGAGACAAAUAGUAGCAAUGAAGAACAAACAGAUAUUGAUUUGCAGAUUGGUUGUAUCAUAAGUGUACAGAUUAAGGAAAUAUUCUACAAAAUUGAAGCUGGACUAAUAAACAUGCUAAAAAACUGCUUAGAAAAAGAAAACUCUACAAGUUUACUCUCAGGUUAUGUUGAUCAUUUUCAAAGCAUUAGAUCAGAGGAUGUAGGAUGGGGUUGUGGAUGGCGAAAUAUUCAAAUGGUUACCUCACAUUUACUUAUGGAAAGACCAGAAGCGAGAGAAGUUUUGUUUGGUGGUACAGGAUUUGUGCCAGAUAUUGGUUCACUUCAAAGAUGGCUUGAAGUUGCUUGGCGGAGGGGGUUUGAUAUUGUUGGCUCAAAUUCUUUCAAGGGGAAAAUUUAUGGCUCAAACAAAUGGAUAGGGACAACAGAGUGUGCGGCAAUCUUAUGUUCUUUUGGUCUUCGAGCAAAGAUAGUGGAUUUUGACCGUAAGGGUCGUGACAAAGAUGUAGGGAGAGUUUGUGGGCCUAUGGAUAGAUUUGUUGUUAGAAAUGAAAUUGACCUUAAGGAAGGUCUUGCAAAAUUUGGUGAUGGCUCUACUCAGAAUAUCAAGGGCAAUCAAGCUUUGAUUGAUUGGGUUUGGAAUUACUUUUCUAAAAAUGAAUCAAAGGAGUCGCUAAGACGUCGAGUAGUUGCUACAAAUAAGAUGCCAUUAUAUUUUCAACAUCAGGGUCAUUCAAGGACCAUUAUUGGGAUUCAAGUCAAGAAUGAAAAGAAUGGACUAAAAAAGUACAACUUAUUAGUCCUAGAUCCUGCUCAUAACACAGAGGCUUUGGAGAGAUCAUUGAGAGAAAAUUUUGGAUGGCAAAAGUUAUUUAAAAGAGGACUUCAUACAUUGAGGAAGCCUCAGUAUCAGCUGUGCUAUGUUGAUCCUGGAAUUGCUCAGGCAGCAGAGAUUGAGCUGCUAAAGAAUUUUACUAACGUUCUCGUUGAAUGCUAGAUGGAACCAAGUUCUAUUCUAUUUUUACAGGUUUUUCCUUUAUUUGUUUCUGUGGCAAUUACUUCUCUCACUACUUUCCCUCCCUCUUAUCUUUCUCGCUAAAUUUUCUUUUGUAGCUGAAUACAUCUGUUAAAUUGAUAUUUCGUUCUAAAUUUCAUAAUCUGUCAACCUUUAUUCUUCCGUUUGGCAACUGCAUUUCAGCUUGCAAUGAAAAUUGAGGUGUUACAAUGUUGAGAAGGCUGGGAAAACAUUGUUCAUUCAUUUUUUUGUUUAAUGUUCAAUUUAAAGUUGUUGAAGGGCUUUUCCAGUUGUUCAGUUCAAAAUCCUGGAAAGCCAUUGGAAAUGAAUGUGUUAAGGUGCAGGAAGCAUCAGGCAACCGUACUUGAUCUAUUGUUUAAUAGUUGUGCCUUGUGAUGAAAAGGUGUAUGGUGUAGUCUUCGUCCCUUUGCCAUCAUGACGGGGCUGGUACUAAUGACAAUAUCCCCUUUGGUUUUGAAGGCUUUGUUUGUAUUUUGCUUAUUUGAUAGGUUUAUGCAGGUAAGUUAUCUGUUUUCGAGAGGAAACACAACAGAGAGUGCUUUGGUGGUGUACAUCUUUGGCUGUGGCUAGGUGCUUUUGGUGGAGCCAACUUAUAUUAUGAGGUUAAUGGGGUCUAAAUGCUCUUAGAUUAUGUAAAGCUUUCCAACACCGAACACGAUGGCACUUAAACAUCGGGAUGCUUUGUUGUAAGUUUUAAUCUAGCAAACGAGGUUUCCUUUGACUUCAUGUUCUGUUGUUCUGAGAUUUCCAACACCUCAUAAAUGGCUGAAAUGUUGUAAUCUACAGUGUUAACUUUAGUUAAGAGCCAUUGUUAACUUUCCAACAUCCAAUUAUAUAGGGUGACUGACUGAAAUGUUGUAAUCUACAGUGUUUAAUUUUAUUGAUUAGGUGAACUGUACACUAAAUGCAGUCCCCCACAAUAUAAUAGGAACUCUUUAUUCAAAUUAAAAUGUCCUAAGUUACCUCAAGCAAAUGCAUAUCUUUUCUCUCAACAACUCCCAUCUAUUGUGGAGUUUGCGAGCAACUUGAUUAAAUGGCAAGAUAUGCCCUUUUUAAUGUAUAUUUCUUAAUGUCACCCUCAGUUAAUUCUUUGGCAUUGUU